UAGGAUUCACUGUUAGUGGGGAUAACGUAUAUAUAUUCUGGACCAGACAGCAUUCCCUCAGUUGAGUUACAUAUAAUAUAUACAUACAUUCUCAAAUCUUGUUUUUAUUACAUGUACAAUGGUGGGUUGUUUUUCAAUGUCUUCAAGCCUGCCAAGUGUUUGUGUAAAUUCUUGUUUUAAUCCUUCUCGUAGACUUGCUCUUUUCACUCUUACCACUGUGUUUUUUAUAGGUAUCAUUUACAUUGGAUUAUUUGUUGUAUUAACAAACGAGCAAGCUAUACCUCAGUCACCUUUUUUUGGUGCAAAAGAAUUUACAUGGCUACGAGCAGAUGGAAAUACAGUAGAGACUGCCACUGCAUUAGUAAUGCCAUCUGUAGCUGAUGAGAAACUGUUAGAUUGGGUCAAAAAUGACAAAAGAAGAAUGUUACAUGCUGUUUAUCGUGUUGGGAAUUUGGACAAGACUAUAAAAUUCUAUACUGAAUGCUUGGGGAUGAAGCUUUUGAGAAAACGUGACAUACCAGAGGAAGGAUAUAGUAAUGCUUUUCUUGGAUACGGGCCUGAGGAGUCUAACUUUUCCCUUGAACUUACAUACAAUUAUGGUGUUAACAAGUAUGACAUUGGAACUGGUUUUGGACACUUUGGUCUAGCAGUUGAAGAUGUUGCUAAGACAGUGGCUCUGAUAAAACAAAAGGGGGGAAAAGUAACUAGGGAACCUGGCCCUGUUGAAGGUGGCAGUACAAAAAUUGCUGUCGUUGAGGAUCCUGAUGGCUAUAAGUUUGAGCUUUUGGAGAGGGCACCCACCGUGGAGCCCCUAUGCCAAGUUAUGCUACGAGUAGGAGAUCUUGAUCGGGCAAUAAAUUUCUACAAAAAGGCAUUUGGCAUGGAACUUCUUCGGAAAAGAGACAACCCUGAGUACAAGAACACAGUUGCAAUAAUGGGUUAUGGACCAGAAGAUAAAAGCACAGUUCUCGAACUGACGUAUAAUUAUGGCAUCACAGAAUAUGAUAAGGGGAAUGGUUAUGCCCAGAUUGCAGUAGGCACUGACGAUGUCUAUAAGACUGCUGAGGUGAUUAAAAAAUUUGGUGGAGUUAUCAUUCUAGAGCCAGGACCCUUGCCGAUCCUAAACACCAAGAUCACAGCCUGCUUGGAUCCAGAUGGCUGGAAAUCGGUCUUUGUUGAUAAUGUUGAUCUUGCAAAGGAACUAGCAUGAAAGGCAUCAUUAUCUUUGUUGCUGAUGUAUAAUUUGACCAAAUCAAUUGAGAGAAGAAUCAUUGACCAAUUUGUGAAAGCUAAUCUAUAAUCCUUUUCUUUUAAAUCCACCCAAUCAGUAGAUGUCUUAACAUUACCUUUUCAAAAAUUCUAAUAUAUUUAAUAUCACUUUUCUUUUCGCAAUGCAGCAACUACUUGUUACUGUACGUUUGUCAUUCAAAAUAUGCAUGUCAUUUGAAUAUCUUCAGAAUUGGAGUAUGUAGUUACCUGAUUUUAUUUCUUAUACCAUAGUGUAGCAUUUUUUCUAGAAA